CGCUCGCCUACCUCCCUGGUCAUCCCUCUCGGCUCCUCUAACCGCUCACACCACGCUGCAAUGCCGUCCCAAGCGCAAAAGUCCGACUCCUCGGCAUCCUCGACCAACUCUAUCCCCCCAUCCCAGCUCAUCGCCCUCCCCUCACUAUCAUGCUCGCUCUCGUCGCUUCCCCAAGCAAAGAGCAUCGACGGUCUCUCCCUACACCAUUCCAUGCUUGCCACGCGGAAUGCUGAGAGCCAAGCAAAGUUGCAAAAAGCUCUCUCCAAAUCUUCUGGCAACGGCGCAAUGGUGUCGAUGUACCCUGGUGCUCCAUCAACACCACAACAGUACUCGCCGUCCUCAGCGUCACCACCACUCAUGAUGCGGAAACCCGCAAAAUCAAAAUUGCAAGUCUAAGCGACACCCCCACCAUAGACUUCUUCUCCUCUCCUUCUCGGGACUUUGCAGUACCUACCACUGCUCGCUAUCAUGCCUACGGCAUAAAAGCUAUCCGCACGCACUCUGUCUCCUCGCUUUGCAUCACUAGACGUUCCACUCUCUCCUACUCUUAUUCCCUCAUGGCAUCGAUAUCCUCGUCACUCUCUCUGCACAUCUCUCUGUCCCCAUGCAUAGUCUACC